AUGGACACUCGCCACACCCUUCAUCUCAGUGAUACAGCGAGUGUCAACUGUCGUGAAGAAUUCCAAGGUCUGUUGAAGAUGCUGCAAGCAGCAGUCCACAAGCACGAGCGUGUCUUCUCGGAAUGUUACUCACGUCUUGAAAGCUAUAAAUUUGUUGAGGAACGACCAAAGCCUCUCGCCUGCUUCUAUCUGGAAAUCAUGAGACUCAAGACUUUGGUCAGAAAGCUAUCGGCCGAGAUUGCUCGCGUCAAACAACCUACUGUCCAUAUCAAAAUAUUCCUUCCGUGUCUGCCCACAACUUGUGAGCUUCUCGUCAAUGGGUUCGAUGAUUCACACGUGCAACUCUGCAAAGUAGACCGGCAGAUCUCCCUCGCGGUUGUUAAAGCUAUAGCUUGCAGCAGUAGGCCAGGUGCUAUCUCUCUGGAAGACCAGACUUCUAAGAUUACUGAGAUCUUGAAAACUCUACUGCGUCAAAUUACCCACAUUGAAAUCAUAAUUCAAUUACUGCCCUCGAGAAGGAAUGCUUCUAGCAAGUAA